GCAGCUGGUUGUACUUCUCCCCUCGGAGAUCUGGUCUGCCCAGCAAACUCUGCUCAUGUGUGUUGUAGCAAACUGACAGAUGGGACCACUGAUCUCCACUGCUCACUGCUGGAGAAGAAGAGGAUAACUCCUGAUAUCAUCAACUGAAGGUAAAGCAGAGGCUGUUGGGACUCUGCCAGUUGGGACAAAUAUUUAUUACUCUGCGGAGGAAGACAAUGACUGGAUAGUCACCACGGACCAAAGCAUCAAGAAUCUGCUCUGGAUAUUGGUUCAACAAAUUCAGGAUCGUGUGGAAAGAGUCCCAACAUCAUGCGGGCCUCAAGAAGAUGCUUCCUCCUAUUUCUGCAUCUAGCUUUAGUGUUUCCUGUGGUUAGAGUUAAUCGACUGCUAAAACGAAAGUCUCUGGACCACAAAAGACUUUGUGUGUGUGCUAGUAACAUCAUCAGCUGCUCUAAUUUACACCUAGAACAUGUCACUUUAAAUCUUCCUAACCAUACAUCCGUUCUGGACCUCAGCUUUAACAACAUCACAAAACUCCUUGCCACGUGGACCCUGACUGACCUCAACAUGCUACAGACAAUGCUGCUGAACAACAAUUGUCUCACCUUUCUCUCCUCCGAGGCAUUUGUUCAUGUGAAAAAGCUUCGUUACUUGGAUCUCUCUUAUAAUGGCCUUACCCUACUGGAUGAGUUCAUCUUUGAGCCGCUGGAAGACCUUGAGGUGCUUGUCCUUUUCAAGAACAACAUUUCUAAAAUUGAUCGCACUGCCUUCUCUAGCAUGGGCGCCCUACAGAAGCUUUACAUGAGCCACAACCAGAUCUCACGCAUCCCCUUGGAGGUGCUAAAGGAGCGAAGCAAGUUGGAUACUUUUAAACUGCUGGAUGUUUCCUUCAACAAAAUCAAGGACCUGCCAAUAAAGGAGCUCCAGUCCAUGCGUGCCUGGAUGAAGAAUGGUGUCUACUUUCAUAACAAUCCUCUUACAUGCAGCUGUGAGCUGUAUAAACUGGUGGCAAGCUGGGACAUCAGAAUGUUAAGCUCUGUCUCAGGGUUUGCAGACAACCACACAUGUACAAUGCCAGACAAAAAGACUAAAAAAAUACUGAACAUCACUUGCAAUGAUGACAAGAUUCUUAUAAGAGAGGCUAAUCUGGAGCAGAAAUUGCUUCUUGACUGUGACACUAGACAGAAGUACAUGGAAAAGAGAUGGGUACUGCCAGGAAAUAUCUCAGCAUCUUCAGCAAACAACACCAAGAUCAAAGAGGGUGGUACUUACCUGGAGAUAGGCCCACUAAAGCUUGAAGACUCUGGGGUUUACACCUGCUAUGCUAACAACAGUUCCUUAAUUGACACUGUCCAAAUUACUGUGGUGGUGUUAAACUACACAAAGAGCCAUGGGCUGGAGGAUCUUAAAACAGCAUACACCACCCUGGGAGCCUGUGUGAUCAGUGUGGUUUUGAUCCUUGUCUACCUUUAUGUCACACCCCAUUGCUGCGCUUGCUGGUCAGGUGAAAACACAGAGAAGGACGACCCUGGAGAGAGCCUGCACUCCUCAACCGCGAGCCUCCCUCUGGCACACGGAGAACAGGAAGCGGAGAACGCGGCCUUUGCCUUCAGAUAUGAAGCAUCACAAGAAAGCUGCAGCAUCUGGGAAACUCUGGGCGGUGUCCGCUGCAUCUUGUUGGCAGCCCACUGGCUGGAUCCUACCUCAUUCUCUGGCUUUGGACUGAACUGUUAAACCAGAGGUUAAUGCCCUGCAGAUCUGCCUGUUUUCAAUAAACGCUUUUUGAAGU